AUGUGCCAUGGUAGCAGACUGAUUGUUUCCUGGCAGGAAGAGUUCGAUAGUUUGAAAGAAGAGAAGGACAAGAUAGAGGCCGCCCUGAAGCAGGAGCAGGAGAAGCGCCUUGCAGAGCAGCAAAGGCUCAAGGCGCAUGCAGAUAGCGUGCGAUGGCCUCAAGUUCUGCGAUGUGCCUCAUGUGCCUCUGCACAGGAGCGUACACGUGAGACAUUUCAGAAGCUCAAGGAUGAUUGCAACGCAAAGGCUGUGCAGCUGCUGGUCCCGAGCAUGCCACAACAUGUGCUGCAGGUACUGGCACUGAACCAAGAGCUUGAGAAGGCGAAGGCCAAUUCCAACUCCGAACUUGCAGUCUUGCAGCAGACUCCGCAGGCUCAGCAGAAGCGAGUGCAUUACGUGCAGAAGCUUGGCUUAUUGGGUAGCUUUUGCGAAGGCCUGGUAUUCUUGGCCAACUCAACUGAGACACAAGCCGCGUCGCAGCAACUUCAACAGGAAAUUGACAGGCUGAAGGCAGAAGUGGCUGAGGUGCCGGCCCUGAAAGCGCAGCUGGCAGAGGCAGAGGCGCAACGUACGGCCGCCUUGCAAGAUGCCGCCGGCACGUCCGCAGAGCUCCAACAGCAGUUGGAGAGCUUGAAGUCCGAAGCCGCGCAGGUGCCGGACUUGCGCCAUAAGCUGGCUGAGUUGGAGGCUGGAAGUGAGUCCACCUCGCAAGCACAAGCAUCUGCUGAGCAGAUGCAGCAAGAAGUGGAAAGACUCAAGGCAGAAGCAGCAGAGGCUGUUGAUGCUCGUGG